AUGGAGAGCGAAAGCGUGAUUCUAUUGGGUGUCCCGUGCACACAUUUAAUUACAGAUUUAAACACAUGUGUAGAUGUAAACCAAAAGCACAACAGAUGUAAACAUACUAUCUAUGAUCAGCAGAUAGAUGUCAAUUGGGACAAAAGAAUCGCCGACAAUCCGAAGAUCUUUAAUGGUACGAAAUUCCGCUUGUCAUCUGCCUCAUUUUCUGGUGAUACUCUAACUUUGAACUUGGGGCUAACAUGUUACAAGGAUUUUCUAGGAACUAACUGGUCAGAGAAUUCCAAAUCUCUGGCCCAAGAGGGUGUCCGAGAUUUCAAUGACAGCCAAGCGUAUAUGGCCGAUCCUCUAGGUGUCGGUACUAUUGUUCUGACAACUGAUGAUAAAGUUAUUUUCCUGAAAAGGAGUGAGCAUUGUGCUGAGGCCCCAGGGUUGUGGGAUGUUCCCGGUGGUCAUCCAGAGCCACAGGAAAUUGUUGGGAAAAUUCCUUUGGAUGAAAUACAAUUUUCUGACCUAAGUGAGGAGAACGUCGUUAGAGAGAUUUAUGAUUCCAUCCUGAAAGAAGUUGUUGAUGAAGUUAAUGUUCCCAUGACUUCACUCUCACAGCCAAACAUCAUUGGUGUGGCUCAGAAUCUCUCUGCAGCAAAACGUCCAAGUGCAGAAUUCAUCAUAAGCUGCAGUUUAACCUCCUCAGAAGUGAGGGACCUAUAUACAAAAGGCACCCAAGAGGAUGCCUACGAGUCAACAAGCAUCCAGUUUGUUGCCAAGGAAACGGUUCUAAAUUUGACUCGGGACCACGAAGUCUGGGACACCCUGGCACCAUCUGCCAAAGGUUGUGUCAUGUUGUACAAACUAUUCAACGACAGAUGAAACUUCCAUCCAAAGGUUGUGUCAUGUUGUACAAACUAUUCAACAACAGAUGAAACUAUUCAUUAUGCAUCCUCAAUUCAGUUGUCUUGCACAGUAAUUGUUGUGUGAUGUAUAGAAGUACAUGUAUAAAGCAAGAGACUUAUCAUAAUUUUAGAAACAAUGUCCAAACUGGUAAUAAACAAAUUGAAGUUAAAAUUGCGGAAGAUCCUCACGAGUACAUGUAGAUACCACAUGGCAAUAAUGGCAUUCAAUAGGGUCAGGAUCUAAAGUUAACUUGAAAAAAUAAACAGAUCACCAACACAUCAUGAAGAUGCACAGGUAAAUUUAUUUGCACGACUGGUCCAAACCAUGGUGUGGUCAUCAAUAGAAAAAUCGUGUGGUCAUCAUUAGAAAAAUUGUGCAUGAAAUUUAUCUACUGAAGAAAAAAUGCAAUGUUGCCAGAAACAAUGUAAGAAUGUGGAAGAUUUAUUUGAUUAACUGAAUAGUCCAUAAAUUCCAUGAAUUGUUACUUUUCCGUUUUGUACUCCUGGUGGAAGUUCAUCUAAGCAGAUUGCUCCCAUAGAUAUAUUGAAGGCUGAUUGUAUAGGAUCAUAUAGAUCUGACUUGUUGGCUUUGGAAAGUUGGUGUUUUCUUAGAUUGUUGUUGGCUUUCAAAGAAAGGGCUCCAUUUUUGCAGUUUUUUGACAAUUUUCCUGGGGUUGAAACAAAUGAAAAUAAGUUUCAGUAAAUUGUGUUUCUAGGUGGUCCUUCUAUAUAUAUGACAUUUAGCUACAGCUUUUCAGCAGUAUGAUUUAUUACAGAUGUUGCAGUAUUGGGUUAUUAUAGAGUCAGUAAAGUGUAAAAUGCCUUUUCAGAUUGUUCAAAUCUUUGAACUUUUAAAAAUGUGUAUUAAGGCUUCUUCUGAUCUAAGACAUUGAUUUAUGUUGUUUGUAGUUUUCACGAGAGGCGAUAUCGAAACAUCCUGUAAUGUGUGUGAUAGUGACGUGUUGAUUACCACAAUUUAAGUAUCAAAAUAAUUGUUUGAUUAAUUCACAUAUUGGUUUAAUGACUAAUUGCUCUAUAAGGUUUUAAAUUUCAUUUCCACAUGAUUGUUCAAUAUUUUAAUCAUACAAUGGCCGUACAAAUCAUCAUCGUCGCAAACUAUGGUUUUGAGUCCACACACGCUUCCUUGGUGAUGAUGGAGAGAAUCGACAAUGACAAAUCAUAAGCCCUCUAAACACUACCAAAACUAAUAUCACAACUGGUCUUAAGAGCUCAUUUAUUUAAAAUGAAUGCAUUUAAUCAUAUAACAAUGAUUGGCAAUGGCAUUUCUCAAUAUAAAUAAAUCAAAACAUAUAAUUAUCAUUCUGUAUUUGAGUAAAUCUUGUGUAUUGUGAUAGCAUCUGACAAUAAUAGCUGCCAAGCUUACAUAUCCCUGGAACUGAAACGCAUCAAACUUUUUAUAUGUCUAGCAUUUAUACAAAGAGUUGUCAUUGGCCAUGAUGGCUGAGGAAUACAUGAGAGGUAUUAGCAAAGCUGGAAUGAAAAUAGCAGCUACAUAAAUCAGUGUGUUGUCUAGGAACAUCCACAUUUACUAUUAUAUAGAAUUACAAAUCGUCACUAGAAACACACAGCAUUAGAGUUUGGGUGAAGGUCAAUCCAUACAAGCUGCCACUGCCAUGUCUCUCUCUUCUAUCAGUUCUUUCUGGGUGAUAUCCAUUUUCUCCCGUGAGAAGUCAUCAAUCGCCAGGUCUUUGAUAAUCUCAUAGGUGUGGUCAGGUUUGGUACGCACAGGGAAGCUGUAGAUCAGGCCCUCUUCGAUGCCAUAGCAACCAUUCGAAAGAACAGCCAUAGACACCAUGUUACCC